AUAAAUAGAGCUGCGUGCGCUCACAGCCAGUAUCAGUCCGCACAUUUACAGUUUGGGAACGCUCGUGUCCACUCGUUGUUUUUAAUCUUCUUCUCCCAGCAGAAAUGGCAGCAGCUGCAGUUAUUGCAAAUCAGAAUGUGGUGGAGCGGGUGACCAACCUUCCUCUGGUGAGCUCCACCUACUGCCUGGUGUCCAGCGUGUACUCCAACACCAAGGACACCCACCCUUACAUCCGGACCGUGUGCGAGGCUGCGGAGCAAGGAGUCCGGACCAUCACCCACGUGGCCCUCAUCAGCGCGUCCCCCAUCAUCGACAAGCUGGAGCCUCAGAUUGCCAUUGCCAAUGACCUGGCCUGCAAAGGUUUGGACAAGAUUGAGAAAACCUUGCCGAUGCUUCACCAGCCACCUGAGCAGAUUGUCUCCAGCGCCAAGGAAGUUGUGACAGGCACAGUGUUCGGUGCCAGGGACACGGUCUCCGACACGCUGACCAGCGUCGUGGACAGGACCCGGGGGGCCGUGCGGGGCGGGAUGGACAAGACCAGGGCUGUGGUCAGCGGGAGUGUCAGCACAGUGCUGGAAAGCAGAGUGGCCCGGCUGGUGAGCAGCGGCGUGGACACGGCCCUCAGCACCUCGGAGAGUCUGGUGGAGCAGUACCUGCCUUUGACGGAGGACGAGCUCGAGCUGGAGGCAAAAACUGUGAAAGGCUUUGACAACAAAGAGUCGAGCUACUACGUCCGCCUGGGUUCCCUCUCCAGCAAGCUGCGCACGCGGGCCUACACCAGGGCUGUGGCCAGAGUCAGGGACGGCAAGCAGCGAAGCAUGGAUUUCAUCUCAGAGCUGAACUCUACCGUUGACCUGAUUGAAUAUGGCAGAAAGAAUAUUGACGGGGCUAAUCAGAUGGUAAAUGCCAAGCUGACCGCUCUCGUGGCGUGGGGGGCCAAUGGUCCAAACCAGGAGACUGGGCACGAGGCACAGGUCAUCGAGCGUCGCACCUUGACCUUGGCACAUUCCCUCACGCAGCAGCUCCAGACCACCUGUCUGGUCUUAGUCUCCAGCCUGCAGGGCCUCCCCAACCACAUCCAGCAGGAGGCGCUCUCCCUCAGCCGCUCUGCCACGCAUAUCUACUUCAGCUUCCGCAAGGCCAACAUGUUGAGAGACCUGCCAGAUAGUGUGCUGACCGGCAGCAAAGUCCAGCUGGGCAAAAUCAAAGACUCCCUAGACAACGUCAUGGACUACCUGGUCAAUAACACACCACUCAACUGGCUGGUCGGUCCCUUCUACCCCCGGAUGGCCCCAGAGCUGACUCAUGAGCCAAGUUGUGCUUCCAGCAGCACACCAGUGUGGCCCUCCAGCUGUCCCUCCACCCAGUCACAUCGAGAGGAGCCCAUGGAGGUGGAGAUGAAGACGCUUCAUUCCCAGCAGCCAUAGGGAUCCAUCCCAGCUUUAUGUUUCCGAGUAUUGUAUUCUUCCUGGUAGACUGCCAUUGUUCAGUGUCAAACACCAUGCUAUUUUAAGACUGUUUCUUGCUGAAAUCCUAUUUUUAUAUGCUCGCCAAUCUAAAGAAACAUGUAGUCCUGUGCCUUCUACAUAAACUACUGGAAUUAAAGUCAAUAGUUUCAAACUCA